UGCGAGUAGCCACGAUGAUCGACAAGUUUGUACCGAUCAAGCAGGACAAUCACAAUCUCAGCAACUACAGUGUACAGUUAAAUCGGUGGUUUUUGAAAUCAAUAGGCGCAUGGCCUUCAUCUUCAUCCACCACAAAACUCGAGAAAAUUAUUUCUUUCGUUUUAAUUAUUUGGUGUUAUUGUUUUAUAUGUUUCACCGUAAUUCCUUGCCUAUUGCACGUGAUCUUGGAAGAUGACAGCUUCCAUGAGAAAUUGAAAGUGCUCGGUCCACUGAGUCAUUGGUUGGUAGGUGGUAUUAAUUAUACCACGUUGUUACUACGGAACAAAGAGAUACGGUAUUGUAUUGAACAUAUGCAGAGAGAUUGGGAAAUCGUAAGGAAAAUGGAAGAUCAACAAGUAAUGAUAAAACAUGCAAAGAUAGGUCGUUAUAUAACUAUGUUCUGCACAGCUUUUAUGCAAGGUGGCGUUUUGUCCUAUUGCGCGGUGACUGCAUUCUCCACGCAAACUACUGAGAUCGGAAAUGAAACCAGAAUUGUACAUAUGAUACCUUGUAGAGUAUACAAAAAAUUAAUCGCGGCUGAUACAAGUCCCACAAAUGAAAUCGUUAUUGCAUCACAAUUCGUGUCCGGAUUCAUCGUAAAUUCGAGUGCAGUUGGAGCUGUUAGUAUCGCAGCCGUGUUCACAACUCAUGCUUGUGGCCAAGUAAAUCUCUUAAUGGCGUGGAUCCGUCAAUUUGUGGAUCACUCAAACGUUCAAGAUAAAAAUGUUGUAUUGAAUGACAUUGGCGAGAUCAUUCGACAUCAUUUGAGGAUUUUGAGUUUUAUAACAGGUAUCGAAAAUGUAAUGAGUGGAAUAUGUUUUAUGGAAUUAUUCAAAUGUACUGUAAACAUAUGUAUGCUUGGAUAUUAUAUUCUUACGGCAUGGACUGGUCAUGAUAUUCAGAAUCUGAUCGUAUUUUCAGUAAUACUUCUUUCUAUGAUUUUCAAUAUUUUUAUAAUAUGUUAUAUCGGUGAUAUACUAACUGAACAGUGUAAAAUGAUUGGUGAAGCGGUUUAUAUGACUAAUUGGUAUUACUUACCUGGAAAAGAUAUAUUGAAUUUAAUACAGAUCAUUUUAAGAUCCAGCAUGGUGGUUAAAAUCACUGCUUAUAAGCUAGUUCAUAUGUCCAUAUAUACCUUUAGUAAUGUGAUAAAAACUGCUUUUGCUUAUUUGAAUUUAUUACGUCAAAUGACUUAAUAGAAUACACUCUUAAAAUAUGAAUACAUAAACUUGUAUUAAAAAUAUUAAUAUAAU